AUGGGAUCCCUGAUCCGAACCCUGGCAUUGUGCUUUUUAACCCUCCAAGCCUUCGCAGCAGGUGAGAGGGAUCAUUUACCUGCAGAAUGUAACAGAACAGAAAAGUGCUGUAUGGGACAUACCUACUGCAAGGGUUAACUUACGUACAGAACCCAGUAAGAUGUCUAUUUACUAAACAGUGAGUUGCAAUGACAACUAAACAGUGAAUUCUUGAGGGAGGAAUAUGUGAAUUCAAAUUUACAUUUUACUUGUGUGAUAAAAAAAUUCACAAUAUAUUUACAAUGUAUAAAAAUGGGCAUUUGCAGCUGAAAUAUUCCCACAUUGUGCCAUUCCUGAGCUGCUGUGCGUCGCUCCGACUAUAAACUAAAAUAUUCAUGAAUGAGGAAAAGACAAACAACGUAAAAUGUGGAUUGUCUCUAAACACAAAGUAAACAAACAUGCAGCUUGUAAUCCAUCAUAAUAUUAUUUCAAAUGAUUGCAGGUCAAAGUGGUCAAUCAUUAUUUUUUUUUAAAUCGGAGUUUGAAACUGGUGUUGUCUAAGUAUGAAGAGAUAAGCCCUUUUCUAUUUUCUGUAUCUAAAUGUCCCUAUGCGGCUUUUAAAAUAUUUUUCUUUUAGGGCAAGAAGAUGUUCAACCCAUGGUGAUCACAAAGUAUGGGAGUCUACGUGGGAAAUCGGCGACGGUAAAAGGGACCGAGCGACAAGUCCAUGUGUUUCUUGGGAUCCCCUUCUCAAAGGCUCCGGUUGGGGAAUUAAGAUUUGCUCGUCCGCAGCCACCAGAACCUUGGAACUUCAUCAGAGAUGCAACUAAAGACGCCCCCAUGUAAGGAUUUAACCUGAAGGAUUGCACACACGGCUUAAAAAGAUCCUCUGAUUCUCAAAGUCCAUGAAUGAUUUGCAAAUAUUUUAAACUACGUGAUCAAAGGCUGUGGGGUUGGUCCAGAGUUGACCGUCACUGGGCCAGUGUGUGUUUGGAAGAAUCACUGGGUGUAUGUGACCUUGUGAUGUAUUCAUUUGAGCUGGUGAAAGGGGUGUGCAAGGGUUCUUAAUCCUCCCUUGUGAUGGCAUAUGCCCAAAUUAGCAGCAGGCACAGAAUGAAAGAGAACGUAAAGAUUGGCAUUUAAUGCCACAUGUCAACUCUCAUGAAAAAUUCUAUUGUUUUUCCUUUGACAACUCGGGACCUCCCAACCAUUGCUAUUGGAACUAUCCCAUGAUCCUCCUGACAAUGUAGCAAAUGGAAAGGUGCAAUCUCAUUUUACAUAUGGAAUAAUCAUGUUACAACAUGGCACAGACGUUGCUAUUUCACACAUUAUGACAACGUUUAGAGAGUUCGUUCGUGAAAACAGAAGAUGCAGUACUGAAAUUACUUUCGGCCUAUCCAACACAAUGUAGUUAUUUAAAGUAUUAACUUGUAAUUAAUCUACAACUAUAAAACCAACAUUGAUUGACUAAAGGUCGGAUUUUCAGAAAUGAAUUUUAAACUUGAGACUAAUCUAGCGGAAUUUGAAAAUAAUGUCAAGUCAGCUUUAUCUUCUGUUUCUCUUUAAUGGCCCAAAAUGUAAAAUUAACUGUGGAUUAACUUUGUAUUUCCGACAGUGCACACCUUUAAUGGAAAACCCCAGCACAUACACAGACACAUAUCAGUUAUGGGAAUAUUCACUAAAAUGUUAAUUGUCAGGAAUUCAAAGUCAGUUUCAAAUUUUGGGCCAAAAUAGUUAAACCUGGAAAAAAUCUUUAUUAACUUAUAUUUUCAGUUUGUCUAUUUUAGUCUAACAUUUUUAUUUCAGAUUGCAAUUUCACUUUAAAUUCCUGACAAUUCAAAAUUCAGUGAAAAACCUUUCUAUUGUUGAAAUCGUUCUCCCAUUAUUAUUUACUUAUUUUGUACGAGAAAAACAAUCUUUCAAAACUGCUGUGCCCGGAGUGGUAAUUUUCUUCACGUUUGUCUUUGCAUAUGUAGUUGAUGUAGAGAGAUAUUUUUGAGAUCAUACCCUAUUAGUAUAAAAUUAUUGUUUUAUAACAGCUAUUCAUCUUUGUGGAAAUUUAUUUAUACUGAUAUUCUUUGUUGUUUUCACUGUAGAUGCUUGCAGAACAAAUUAGCAGUGAAAAAAAUGGCUGAAGCGUUCAGAGCAGAGUUUAAGGUUCCCCCAAUUUCUGAGGACUGCUUGUAUCUAAAUAUCUACACUCCCGGAGAUCGAGACAAGGAUUCCAAGUUACCAGUGAGUACCGAUACAUUAUACCAAGGCUGGACGUCUUCCUCAAUCACCUGUAGACAUAACUGCAUAACUGCAUAACGACGAGGUUAAUCUUCCUGUCCGCCCGCACCUCCCAUGCCUCACCCUUCUGUCAGUCCCUACAUUGGCUUCCUAUAAAAUAUAGAGCUCAAUUUAAAAUUCUGGUUCUUGCUUCCAAAUCUCUACAUAAUGCUGCUCCCACCUAUCUAUUCUCCCUUAUACACAAGUAUGUCCAGUCUACGCCCUUAUGAUCUGCUGAAGACUUACGUCUAUCUUCUGUCCGUACUCCCACCUCUGAUGCUUGCCUUCAAAAUUUCUCGAGGGCUGCACCGUUCCUGUGGAACUCGCUUCUCUCCUCCGUUAGAUGCUCACCCAGUCUCCACUCCUUCAAAAAAAUCGUUAAAAACCCACUUCUGCAUAAAAGCGUAUCAAAUAAACUGUUAAUAGCUCCUGGCUGAUUCCUCUUCUACAACUGUCACUAGUCUACUCCCUCUAGCAUGUAAGCUCAUUGAGCAGGGCCCUCAACCCCUCUGUUCCUGUGUGUCCAACUUGUCUGGUUACAACUAUAUAUCUGUUCGUCCACCCAUUGUAAAGCGCUGUGGAAUUUGACGGCGCUCUAUAAAUAUCAUAAUAAUAAUAAUAAUAAUAAUAACUGCAUAGAACCUUAUGUGGACAUUUAUCCAAGCAACAUACAGUACAAAAGUGAAAAAGGGCUGCGCCAGAUAUAUAAAAAAACAAUAAAAAAGACAAUAACUUAUAUCAAUAGGUAAUCAACAGCAGAGGAGGAGUAAAGGCUGUACACAUGUACAGUAAAAAGAGAUAUAACACUCUCCAAAGUCUAGAAAAAAUAGUUUAAUAAAAAAUAGUCCAAAGUAAGAGGAUCUCACUUAGGUAAAUGUUUUAAUGGGAGCUUGUUGGGAUGUUAUGUCCUCAAUGACUUGAAGUCCAAACAAUCCACUUAUAUGAAAGAUAAAAAGACAGGGACAACCAAUAGUGCGAUAUGUACAAUCUGAAGGCGUCACUAAAGAAGAUACUUUCCGCCACUCCCCUUUCCUCCUGCUUGCUGGAACUGGAGGACAGGCGGCUUGUCCCAAGUUUUUACUUGGCAUUUUACAACCUUGGACUCCAGGCAAUCCUAGGUGGGGAUCAUACCACCAACGCUGACAUCAAAGAGCGGUUAGUCUACUCUAUACUUGUGAGUACGAUUUUAUUUAUCUAUUACAGAUAACUUCUAUACUGUGGGCACUAUCAGUUGUUUUAUUUAUCCUUUUCCUGAGUGUCGUACAUAUCUCCCCCGGAGGAUACAUGCUGCAUAUCCCAUAAGCGGGGAUUAUAGCGCUGUACGCCCUUCAUGCUAGAGCUGGUUAAAGCUCUUUGAAAUGUGAGCUUAUGGAGUAUUUUCUUUAGUGACUCCUUCAGAUUGUACAUAUCGCACUAUUGGUUGUUCCUGUCUUUUUAAAAAAAAUUUUUUAUAUAUCUGGUGCAGCCCUUUUUUUUCUCUUUUGUACUGUAUGUUCCUUAUCUAAAGGGUUAGAGGGUUCCCCUUUUUUUGGGCUGCUGACGGUCUUAUCUAUCUAUUAUUAGUGCUGACCCUUUUUGCACCUUUUUAUUUAUCCAAGCAACAGUACUAUCUUCACCCCUAUGACGCCACCCUUAAAUACCCUAUUGGUAAUGGCAAUUCUUGGUGGUGAAACUGUGCGGGAGGAAAAAGGUUUUACCACUGAUAAGUUUCUCCCCACUGCUCUGUGACCAUGCUCCUACUGUGAAUGAUACCAUGGUGAUAUCAAUACAUGCUUUGUUAGUUUAACACAAUGUUUUCCAUCCAGUCUUCAAGGUAUGCCAGGGUGCAGUUUUUGUCAGUAUCCCAUCUGAAUUAGGAGAUGCUUAAAGGGUUACUCCAAUUACCAUGACCACUUCUGUCUUUAAUGGUGGUAGGAAUCAGUAUGUGCAGCACUUCACCUUGAAACAUUGCACAUACUGAAAUAGAACUCUGUUUCGUACUACCUAAUGUCAAUUCUGUGCAAACAUUAUGUCUAUUGUCUGCGCACAUAGCACCAUGAUGACGGACAUGGUCAACUUCUCCCUUGGAGGCAGCGCGCUUACAUGGGAAGGAUUGAUUUCCUCUUCUGACCUCCAUGCAGUCCCUCAUAUCCCAGCCCUCCACCCUCUGUUUUGCAAUCUUUUUUUCUACAUUUUGUUUUACGUAAUCCCCUCACUGGCUCUGAGGUUGCGCAUGCACUCAGAGCAGGUAAGAAAGAUUCAGUCUUUGAAAAGCAUAUGGUUGAAUUUCACGGGGAACCCGUGAUGUUGGAUGAGGCAGUGAAAAGAGUGUUGGGAGGUUCUCCUUAGUCAAAUUGUAUAAUAAUAAUAUAUAUAUAAAGAUAUAUAUAUAUAUAUAUGAGACCAGGAAGCCUACACAGGCAAUGAAUACUUAAUCAUACAUACACACACAGCUAAGAGUGCCAUAUUUUGGGUUAAUUACUUUGUAUGGAUCCGUAAGAAUACCUUCUUCAACAUUUUGCAGCAAGUUGACUCAUAGCAUAGGACUCUCCUAGAGGGUUUUUCUAUAAGGUUAACAGGAGAGCCUACACUUAGAUUUCAAUGAAACUGUAGCCUACCCUAAUAAGCUCACUAGAACAAGCAUUCUUUAAUGAUUCAUAGUUUAUCAUACCCCUGUAAAGAGGGGUAUAAAAAUGGGGUAAGCCAGUAACUUUAAUCACUGGUGCCACCCAUAUUGUGUAGGAAGGGUUGGGUCCACCUGAAGAAUAGGCAGGUCAGCCUGGCGUUAAUGCAUGUCAGACUGCCUGUCAACCACUAAGGCUUGGCCUUGCAGAGAAUGCUGUUUAAGCAUUCUGUGUAAGGUCCUAAUGCCCUGAGGAUAGCAUGAGGGUAUCUAAUGAUGCGCUUGCUUUCUGUCCCAAUUCCCUUGUGUAACUUAAAGUGGGUCAGCAGAGAACAAGUCAAGAUAGGACCCUAAAAUAGGUACUACCACACUAAAAUUAGGACUUUAUACAUUCAUAGUAAAAUACUAUUGGAACUGUAUGGGCAUUGAAAUUACGUUGUUAUGGUGCCCAGAAGUCCCCAGUGCAUUCUUACCUGAAGAGGCUAAACUGUUCUCAAGCAGUGAAUUGAAAGUGUAAGCGCUUCGUAGAUCGGUCCCAUAGUAAAUUCUAUGAGAAUUAGAAUUUACUAUGAGAAUUUACUAUGGGGCCGAUCUACUAAGUGCUUACACUUUCAAUUCACUAUUUGUUCUAAGAUUUUAGGAAUAAUCUUUUAUGUGUUUAGCAGCUAAUGAUUUAUUAUAGUUUUACCAUUAUUCUUUAUAUUUUUAGUAUUAUUUGCGCUUUUUUGUUUAACAAUUUUUGUUCUCAAGCAGUGCCAGAUCUCCCAGUCCCCGGUGAAUCUGGUUUUCUCCAAUGCAGUGGCAAGAAAGCAUCAGGGACCUCUGGGCAUUAUAAUAACUUAAUUUCAAUGAAGUUGAAGUGCCCACACAAUUCAUUUAAUGAUAUUCAUGUCAUAACUGCUGUAACACAAAACAAAAACUCUUUAAAUAUAGAGCUGUAAACUCACUUACUUGUUGUAGCAGCAUUAUCCACCUACAAUUAAACAUUGUCUAAUAAAUCACUAUAAAUAAAUCACCUAGACAACUUACUUCAUUGGCUGCUUAUUAUUAAAGUGAGAGCAGGAGAUUUAAAAAAAAAAAAACUUCUAAAAUAAGUUAACAUCUGAUUGAAAAUUAAACCAUUUUUUUCAUGUAGGCUGUGUGACUCCCUGCCAGGGGAGGUGUGGCUAGGGCUGCAUGGACAUAAACAAGCAGUGAGAGUGCGGAGUCAUGAACUAUACACUUAAACCGCUUCAUUAAGGUAAAGCCAUUUUGGUGACUAUAGUGUCCCUUUAUGGUUUCCUUAGUGAAUGGACUCACGUUCAUAGGGGUCCUGCACGACAUUGCACAGCAGGGCUCUAGCAAAACAUAUUCACAGUGUAGCUUCUGCAAGAUAUUGCACAGCGCAACUCCAACCAUAAAGUAUGUAACAUAGCCCCAGCGAGAUAUUGUAUAACAUUACUUGGGCAGGAAAUCGCACAGCCUCAGCUAGACAUUGCACAUCUUUGAAAUCUAAAAAAAAUCGCAAAGAACGGCUUUGAAAAGAGUUAUAAUACAUUGCUCAACAUUUAUAUUCGAAAACAAGGUGAAUAUUAUCGAUUUAGGAUUUUGAUCUCGAUAAUAAUCCGGAACAGUGAUAAAAGCUGCAGCCCACUUAAUAGUCUUCUAUUCCGUGUAAGGGACUAUAACUUACAUAUUUAAUACUGCUACUAUUUUUGUCAUUUGUGCAAGUGUGAUUAGUACCAGCUAUACAUUUGUAUAUUUUUUUUCUGGUGCAACAUUUUAUUUAUCAUCGGAAUCUCUUUGCUUUAGGUAACUUUGUCACUAACACUAAGUGCUCUAUUAUAUUAUUAUUUUAUGAGUUAACAUGAACUGGCAUAAGCAGAAGCCAUUACAAAACAAAGCUGUGGAGGAACAUGAAACGUGGGACAAGGUAUUGGUGGCUGAUUCAUUUUGGAGAUACAGGUAAGUGGUAUGACCAGCCACGACAACAUCAACAGCAAGCCCUUCCAUAGCUUUGAUGAUCAUUUUUGAUUAAUUUAUAAAAAUACUCAUUAAGAGAAAAAGUUUGCCAGAAAUAGGGCAACAUUGUAAUGACUGAAGCAAAAAAACAACUUGACUAUAAAAAAAAGUAUCAUGUAUAGCAGUGCUCCUCAACCCUCUCCUCAAGACACACCUAACAGUCCAGAAUUUAGGGAUUACCCAGGUGUGUCUAAGGUGUUUAAAAAAAAACAAAAAUCUAAAAACACCUUAGACUUUAAGGUGUUUUCGCCCCCUUCUUUCUCUAAACACCUUAGACACACCCGGGUAAUCCCUAAAUUCUGGACUGUUGGGUGUGCCUUGAGGAGAGGGUUGAGGAGCACUGGUAUGUAUCAUUGUACCCAACACUGUAAGUGUAGAGUGAUUUAGGGUUAAAAUAAUGUUUUUUUAGGAUUAGAAGGCACUUAGGCUUAGUGUUUGGGUGGUUAGAAAGGUACCCGUACAUGUUUUUAUAAUCUUUUCUAGGUUAUGGUGUUCAUUCAUGGAGGAGGAUUAAGAAUGGGAUCUGCGACCUUGCAUGAUGGAUCUUCAUUGACCGCGUAUGAGAAUGUAGUGGUGGUGUCAAUCCAGUACAGACUGGGAUUACUGGGAUUCUUUAGGUAAAUGUAUAAAUAACAUGCUAGACGUUCUCCAUGUGUUUUAGAAACAAGGAAAAGAAAAAGAAGAGAACUGUCCCUAAAAAUAUAUAUAUACUGGUAUUGACAAACUUCAGUUCCCACUAUUUAAGUUAGUAUGUGAUUCCCAGAGAUUGAUUUUGUGGCUGAUUGCCCCUAGGUAACUUGUUGAGUGUACGAUCUUAUUAUAUCGUUACAUAUAUUCCACGCACUUUCGAUACACCGGUGCACAUUAUCAUUUGAUAGCUGCGUGAAAUAUACAAAGAGUUACAUUACUGAGUAUCAGAUACAUUUCUGAUACACUGUUGCAUUGAUUUCUAUUUUGCAAAGUAGUUACCUCUCAAGGGGCUUUGUCGAUUUAGGAAAGGGAUUUAGGGGUGAUUAUUUCUGAUGACUUAAAGGUAGGCAGACAAUGUAAUAGAGCAGCAGGAAAUGCUAGCAGAAUGCUUGGUUGUAUAGGGAGAGGUAUUAGCAGUAGAAAGAGGGAAGUGCUCAUGCCAUUGUACAGAACACUGGUGAGACCUCACUUGGAGUAUUGUACACAGUACUGGAGACCGUAUCUUCAGAAGGAUAUUGAUACCUUAUAGAGGGUUCAGAGAAGGGCUACUAAACUGGUUCAUGGAUUGCGGGAUAAAACUUACCAGGAAAGGUUAAAGGAUCUUAACAUGUAUAGCUUGGAGGAAAGACGAGACAGGGGGGAUAUGAUAGAAACAUUUAAAUAUAUAAAGGGAAUCAACACAGUAAAGGAGGAGACUAUAUUUAAAAGAAGAAAAACUACCACAACAAGAGGACAUAGUCUUAAAUUAGAGGGACAAAGGUUUAAAAAUAAUAUCAGGAAGUAUUACUUUACUGAGAGGGUAGUGGAUGCAUGGAAUAGCCUUCCAGCUGAAGUGGUAGAGGUUAACACAGUAAAGGAGUUUAAGCAUGCGUGGGAUAGGCAUAAGGCUAUCCUUACUAUAAGAUAAGGCUAGGGACUAAUGAAAGUAUUUACAAAAUUGGGCAGACUAGAUGGGCCGAAUGGUUCUUAUCUGCCGUCACAUUCUAUGUUUCUAUGUUUCUAUGUUACUCUGUGCCAUUCAUUCUCUCUUUAUAUACGUGAUAAUUAUAUACUGAGUUCCGGCUGAUCUUAUGAUUAAAGUUAUUAGUUAGAUAUUGACAUAUCUAUAUCUAUCUAUGCCAGCUCAGUUUAUUCAAUUAAUUUGUUUACUUGUGUGUCACAUCUCACUUCCCUUUCCCUCUAUGUGUGUUUCUUACGUAGACUACUGUAAUUAACUCGCAAUAUUGAGUCAGGUAGCUACUGUCAGGGUUUGUUUUGCAAAGUAUAUGUGAGUCUUUUCUGUUUAAUAAAGUAUUUUUGAGAUUUGAAUAGUUAUUUCCUAUAUAUAUAUAUAUAUAUAUAUAUAUAUAUAUAUAUAUAUAUAUAUAUAUAUUUAGGGACAGUUCUCUUCUUUUUCUUUUCCUUGCUACCAAUUCUAUUAGGGUUACCCCCUGUUCUGUUCCCUUGGACUUCUUGGCCAACUAUUCUUUAUCUAUGUGUUUUAGAAACCUUCACGGGAAACAAUUGAUAGAACGAUUUAAUUUCCCAUUCUCUAUCCUGUGUCUCAGUACAGGGGAUGGUCAAGCACCUGGAAACUAUGGAUUUUUUGAUCAAGUUGCAGCUCUUCAGUGGGUUCAGGAAAACAUUAAGGACUUUGGUGGAGAUCCUCAAUCUGUCACCAUAUUUGGACAUUCUGCAGGAGCCAUUAGUGUGUCUGCUCUGGUAGGUUCUCUAUAUCUCUGUAUCCCUUACACCAGUAAAUCAGUCAACAUCAGUUGAUCUCAGCAAAGGCCACCGACAUGUCCACUUGAGAUAUUAGGUCUACAUAAUGCACAAGUUGCAUGCUUAUAGAUUAAAGAACCAGCGAAUCUCUAAAACCAUAGAAGCCACAAUCAACUAUUUGUUGUGUUAAUAUCCACAUCAUUACGUGUGUCCUGUAGGAAAGCAAAAAAAAAAAAAUAAUAUGCACCAUUACUAAAUCACGUGUUCUCUCAGAUACAAUAGAAAAUAUUCAGAUCCUGAAUGGAAUCUGAUCUGCUGUUCCAUUUUGUUUUAUAUUGCUUUAUAAUAAAAGACAAAACUUGGCCACUGUAUACUCGAGUUUGCAAAGGUAUGUGGGAAAAGAGCCUUUACCUUGUCUGACCAUCUAACAAAACAGGUCAUAUUAUAAGUCCUCAAAGUUAACUUAUAAUUCUUCCUCUCUCCCCUGUCUGUGUGCUGUUUCCAGGUGUUAUCUCCCAUAUCUAAGGGCUUAUUCCACAGAGCCAUCGCAGAGAGCGGGACUGCAAUAAUGCCUGGACUGAUGGUCACCCAACCUGAAAAUGUGGCAGCCAUGGCUCGGGCAAGUAUUACUUAUCUCCCGCUACAUCCUGCUGACUACUGUUUGUUCCCAGUGAAAGAUAUUGCACUUUUUAUUGCACCAUUAAUUAAAGCAGAUUUUAGUAGGAUGAAGAGAAGCCGAAUAAGACUACAGGACAGACGAAGGCUCUUAAAGGAUGCUGAAAAGGGAGUAUGGUUUUCAAAUAGCUGCUAUUUUGGAGUAUUUAUCUCCACGCUCUUACAAACGUAGUAACAUCAUCUAUGACAGCAGUUAUCACAACACAAUAAACAUGUAAUAAACCCUAUAAAAGUACAAAUUAUUGGGUAACGUUUUGCUGGCCCUACACUGAAAGAACUCCACCAACUCCAUCUUUACUUUCUUACAAUGUAUUAUUUACUUAGUCUUAGAAGGACUUGGUGUAACACAUAGAAAAUACACUCAGAUACUAUGUUAUCAAAAUACAACUUUACAGGUCUGCCGAUGUGGGUUCUGUAUCUAUUUCAUUGUUCCAAACCAAAUCCAUUGAUUCCACACGUCUAGUACCUUUAUGGUCAGUACUAGGUUUGGGAUAUGGACAUGAUGAUGCCCCACUACAGUCUGUAAUAAAUGUUGCCGCCAGACAGAUUUUUCUCUCUAGCCGUUCCUCUCACACCUCACCCCUCUGUCAGUCCUUACAUCGGCUUACUGCAUCCUAUAGAAGUCAAUUCGAAGUGCUAACCCAUACCUAAAAAGCACUGACCAAUUCUAGCCCCUCUUAUAUAUCCUCACAGAUCCAUAGGAAUGCCCCUUGUUGGUCUCUCCUCUCUGCCCGUGACCUUCUCCUGUCCGCUGCUCGCACCCAUACGGCCAACUCGCACUUGCUGGACUUCUCGCGGGCGGCUCCCUUCCUAUGGAGUAGCAUGGCUACUGCCAUCAGACUCUCCCCUAGUCUUCAAUCAUUUAAAACACAAAGCUUAUGGCCUCCCAGAGUAACAUCUACCUUACAUACUUGUCUCUUGCUCUCUCCUAAAUGGCAUCAGUUUACUCUCUCCUCCAGCUCUAAUUGUAAUGACAUCCAUGCUUGGCCCCUUUUUGACAGUGUCAUGAAAGGGAAGGAGCAUAGUCAUUUUCACAUAAAGCCAGGGUGAAUAGCUUUUUUACAACUAUGGUGUCAGGAAUAUAUGUUUGUAUUCUUCCUUUAACCCCUUAAGGACCAAACUUCUGGAAUAAAAGGGAAUCAUGACAUGUCACAUGUCAUGUGUCCUUAAGGGGUUAAUCAAAUUAAAGGAACAUUCUGGUCACCAUAACAACUUCAACUAAAUGAAAAUGCUAUGAUGCAAGGAGGCUCCUGGGCGCUCUUUUUCCUUUAAGGGGUGAAACCACUCUGAAAUGGUUUACCCCCAAAUGCUUCCUCCAGCUCCAGAUCUCCAGGUCCCUCAGUGGUAUUCAGCUUCUUAAACGGAGUGUCAGGAAGUGCAGACUGAUGUCAGGCAUGGGUGCCGCUGAUUGGCUAGAGGGUCAGCUGGCACUCUAAGCCAAUUGCUAGUUCCCGAUUCAUAAAAAUGUUUUACAUUUUCAUGAAUGGGGAGCUACUGAUUGGCUUAGAGUGCCAGCUGACCCUCUAGCCAAUCAGCGGCACCCCUACCCAGCGGCCCUCUGUGUUUCCUGUCACUCAGUAAAUAAAAGUGAACACAUUAACACUGAUAUUUUUUUUUUUUACCUGGGGAGAUGAGAAGGUCCAAAGUUUCCCUGCCAGGCCCAGAUACCAAAGCCUUAUGAUGUGGUGUCCAGAAUGAAGUGCUCCAAUCUCAUUUUCUUCUCUUUCAUUUGACACAGUCUUUUUCGUCUGAGGCUCUAGACUUUAUGAGGCCUUAGGCGAAACUCAAACAUGUGGCCCCACUAACAAAAAAGUGAAAAAAAUAGAGUUGCAAUGCAUGCACACGGUCACAUAUACACAGUGAUGCACAGUUUACCUGUGUAUGUGCCUUAGAGUGUGUCUGACAGAGAGUAUCUGUGUGUGUGUGUGUGUGUGUGUGAAUGUAUGUCUCUGUGAGUAUGUUUGCGUUUUUGUCUGGUACCCUAUGUGUAUGGGGCAGCUGCUUGAAGAGGCGGGUGACGGUGAGACGGAGAGGCGGGUGAUGGUGAGUGGGGAGUGAUGGUGAGGGGGCAUAAUGCUGAGGGAGGGGGUGAUGGUGACGGAGGGGGUGCUGUGGGUGGUGAGGGGGGGUGACCCUGAUGGAGGGAGUGAUGGUGGUCAGGGGGGGUGAUAGUGAGGGGGUGAUACUGAGGAAGGGGGUGAUGGUGGGGGGUGAUGCUGAGGGUGGUGAGGGGGUGAUAGUGGGGGGUGAUGCUGAGGGGAGUUGAUAGUGAGGGGGGUGAUGCUGAGGGGUGAUAGUGGGGGGGUGAUGCUGAGGGGGGGGUGAUGCUGAGGGGAGUUGAUAGUGAGGGGGGGUGAUAGUGCCCCUCCCCCAUCCCUCACUUACCUGCUCUGUAGCUUGCCCCCCAUCCCUCACUUACCUGCUCUGUAGGUUGCCCCCCAUCCCUCACUUACCUGCUCUGUAGGUUGCCCCUCCCCCAUCCCUCACUUACCUGCUCUGUAGGCUGCCCCUCCCCCAUCCCUCACUUACCUGCUCUGUAGGCUGCCCCUCCCCCAUCCCUCACUUACCUGCUCUGUAGGCUGCCUCUGUGCUGCUCCCCUGCGGUUUCAGUUAUGAGUGAGAGGCAGGGAUAAGCUGUAGCUUCCUGCCUUUUAACAUUCACAGCGUAUUCUCACACAAACCAAAAAUAGCAGCACAAGCUGAAAAAUCCAGGGGGGGGGGCAAGUGCCCCCUCUUGCCCCCCCUGCAGACGCCCAUGUGUAUAAUAUAUUUAGCGCUGGUUUAAAGAAAUCUUUGACUUUGUUUGAUUCUUUUGUUUUUCUUUUUCCUUACAUCAGCACCUUUUAAUCCCCAUAUUUUAUCGUUUUGAUAUUCUUAUCCGCUUACCAUAACUGACACAAUUUCCUGGCAGGUUGUUGCUAGUUUAUCCGACUGUGAUUUGGCUGAAGUUGUGGACUGUUUGAAAAUGAAAACUGAUGAAGAAAUUCUUUCCAUAGCGGCAGCAAUGGUACAGUACACCAUGGCGGUGAAAUCUUCCAUUUUUGUAUAGAAGUUUCAAAAGAACUGCUUAUUAAAAAUUUGGGUUAAUGUUCUGAAUUUUGAUUAUCCUAUGGACUUAUGGCUUGUCCAAGUGAAAAAGGGGGAAAGGCAGGAGGACCCAGUUUCAGGAUGAAGCACAAGGAACAUGCACUAGAGAGUAUGAAAUCACGUUAGUACAGGAACAGAGAAUAAGGAUAUGGAUUAGAGAAACCAAAACUGAUACUGUUAGAAGGACAAUAAUUGGAGAACAAGUAUAGAGAAACCAGAACUGUUACAGAUGCAGCUGCGGUGUGGGUAGGAAUCAGGAAAGGGCACAAUGGACCACUGUUUAAUAUGAGUGCUAGGUUAACACCACCAUAAUAAAUACUAAAAUAUAGAUAAACAUUGUUUUUUCAUGCAUUGUAUCCAAAAUGGACCUUACAAACAUAAGAUUGUAUCUAUACAGAAUUUUAUGCCUUUUCCUGGCUGUGUGGACGGUGUGUUUCUUCCAAAAAGUGCAGAAGAGAUUUUGGCCGGUAAAGAGAGCCACGAUGUCCCCUUGAUGAUUGGAGUCAAUGACCAUGAGUUUGGCUGGGUGCUUCCAAAGGUGAGAAGCCGGUAAUCAUUUGUUUAUUUUUUAUUUAUUUAGUUUUAAAUUCUUUAUUUACGUUGAAAGAAAUUACAUGUAUAAGGCUGAUACAAUUUGUGUUACAAACGAAUCUUAACAUACAUGUUUCAUAACUGAGUUUUUAACAUAGUAAUCAAACUUACAAUCAAUGGGUGUACGCUAAUGAUUCUCUACUAUCUCUCAUAGAGCCAACCCAAUGGUUACUUUGAAGCUCUCUGAGAUUACGAUUUGCGUGUUGUCAACCUUGGUUUUAUAUUUUAUAGAAAAAGAGAAGCAAGAGAUAUUCGGUAGCAUGUGAAACUGGCCUAACAUGCGAGUACAUUAGGUUCUUAGGUGUGAUUCCCACUGGCUGUUUGUCUUUUCUGAUCUAUUGAUGUACGGUAUGAUACAUUUUCUUUAAAACCGGAGGUUUAGAGUUAGUAGCCCCUUUCCCUCCCUCUGGCCUAUUAAGGGCUUGGUGGGGCUAACCCUAUGGGUUCCAGUACACUCCUUGUAUGAUGCCGUUGGCCAGUGGGGUUCUCUGCGGGAUAACCAUAGAUCACACGCCUUUGAUCACAUCAGUCCCUUAGGCAGUUUCCGCUUGCUUCCCCCCCUUCACCCCCAGGGGGGUAUGUGUUGCUCAUAGUAAGAAAAAGAAAGGGAUAGAAAAAAAGAGAGGAAUAAGUGUCGAAAAUCGCUAGGGUGGGGAGCAGGCAGGGGGCAAGGGGGGGCAGAAAAGCUAUCUCUUUAGGUAUCAAAACCUGCGCCGUGGGACAAGGUCCACCGGUGCAUUAACCCAGGGGUUUGUCUUCCCAGGGAGCCCAUAUUUUCUGGAACAUUUUUUGAGUUCCCCUGACUCUAGCCAUCAGAUCAUCCACCAUAUGUACCUCCCGUAUUCUAUUAAUGACCCCCGCUAUGGGUGGAGUGGUCUGUUUAAGCCAAUCUGAGGCCACCGCUCUCCUAGCUGCUAGGGUUAUUUUAUGUAAAAGUUUUGUUCAUGCCUAGUCCAACCGUCUAUUGUUCUACUAAGUAGGUAUAGCCAUGGGUCCAUUGGAGGGGCCCUGGACAUCACCUGCGCCAGUAGGUCUCUAAUCUGCUGCCAGAAUCUUACUAUCAUUGGGCAUUCCCACCACAUGUGGAUGUAUGUCCCUUUCAUGCCACACCCUCUCCAACAUCAUUUGUUUAUUAUGUCAUUAGUCUUGCAUGAAUAUUUGGCAAAAUAAUUUGAUCAUUGAUUAAGAAUUACAAUAACAAUACAGUAACAUUUAUAUUUUCUGGGUCCUUCAUGUUUUGUUUAAUGAAGUUGUUUGUGUUUUUGUUGGCACAGAUAUUGAACAUGAGUGCACUAACAGAAGGAAUGGAUAAGGACAUGGUCCGGUCUGCUCAAAGUUCCAUUAGUAAAUUGGUAAAGAUGUGUGGAGCAUGUAUACUUAAUGCCAGGCAGUAAAAAUUUACAUUAUUUAUCCUUUAGAUAGAUUCAUACAAUAAUUUGUAUUUCUUUACCUCCUUACCUCCUUAAUUUCAAUCUUGCUACAUCUCAUCCCCAUUGCACAUACUAUAUAUCUACAUACCCAUAUCUCUUUAUGUACUCUAUAUAUACAUACACCAGAGACAAAAUAAAGGAAAUACCUAACCUAACAAUGUAACAAAUUAUACUUAAGAGUAGGACCACUGUUUGUCUCCAGAAUAGCUUUGUGCUUGCAGUCAUACAGACCUGAACUGCGCCCAUACCAUACUGAGUCAUUCAUCAAGUAGAAAUUUCUUCUUUUGAAGGAUGAAGGAGAUGGACAUGCACUUUGGACUCUCCAGAUGUUACACGUAUUUGUUAUAUUGUUUGAUUUUUGACGUUUUCUUCCAGGGGAUAUCUCUGGAUGUACCUUAUAUGCGGUUGGAGGAGAAGUUCAAUGUUGAUGAUCCAUUUGAACUCAGAAAUUGGUUCUUGGACAAGUGUGGAGACAUUCUCUUUGUUAUACCUGCUCUUAGAACUGCAAAGUAUCAUCGAGGUACGUGGCACAACCAGAGAAUCAGGUGUGUGUGGUGGAAUUGCAUAAGAAGCCAGGGUUAGAACUUGGCUUAUAUAUAUAUAUAUAUAAAAAACUGAAGUUAUAUUACACUGACAACAAAUGUCUGAUCAUGUAAGUGUUGUGUAGGCUACACAAACGAAAGAAAACAAAACAAAACAAAAAGUAGUGUAAAUAUUCCUUAUUUUAAGAAAUCGUUUUAUUUUAAAUAUUUGCUGAUAAUGUGUUAUGUGCCUGCUUCCUCUUUCGUUGAAACAACAACUUAUCUUGUAGAUAAUGUGUUAUACAUAACGGUUAAUGAUUUUACUAAAUGAUAUACUUGGGAAACAGUAACAGGGUUAAUCGCUGAAGUGUGAAUUCAAAGUGUAUUUCAGAUUUAAGGUCAAAAUAGCUGAACUCGAAGAAUUCUUUUGGUCAGCUAUGCUUUAAUUUCGGCUACUCUGGGUUAUAACGUCAACCACAAUGACCUCAGCUUGAAACACUGCAUAUACUGAGUUAUCUGCACUUGUGUGCUCGAGGCUAAUUGCAACCUCAACACAUGUGACAUUGGUAGUUUAGAUAUCUGUCCUGGGUUGCAAAUGUAACUUCUGUGCAUAAAAAACACGCUUCGCACAUGGCUGGAGUUAAAAUAAAUAAAAUUAUUUUUUUGCAGGUUAAACUGCAAAUCAAGGGGGAGGGGGCAUAAUCGGGCAAUUUACAUAGGAAAUGUCCCCCAUCAAAACGACUGUUGUAACAUUUAAAUGUGUAACCAAAACCACUAAUUGUUAAAGUAAUGAAAAAAAAUGAAUAAAAAGUGGUUUUGGUGGCUUUGUCUGACAAUACAAAAUAUUAUGUUAGUGUCCCUUUAAGCAUUGCUUUGUCCAUGGUGGUACAUGGUUCAUUUCAGUGAACCCCUCUUCUGACACCACCCAGUCUUCUAUUCACCUUACAGAUUCUGGAUUACCUGUAUACUUCUACGAAUUUCAGCAUCGCCCUGCAUCAUUCAAAGAUUUAAAGCCAGAUUUUGUCCGAGCAGAUCACGGAGAUGAAAUUCUGCCAGUGUUCGGAGCCCCAUUCCUGAAUGGCGAUGUCAUUUUCAAAGGUAAGUCACUCUUGUAGUAGAGAUUAACAGAUUAUAAUAUUUUUUUAAGUUUGGAUAUUGAAAAUGUGUAAUUUUAUUCCCAAGAUGCUGCUACAGAUGAAGAAAUCGCUUUCAGUAAAACCGUGAUGAAAUACUGGGCCAACUUUGCUCGCACUGGGUGAGAUACCUGUUUUUAUCACUUCGAUUGUCAAGUGGCAUUCGCACAGCUUGGCAACAGCGGGAGUACUGGUAUGAGGGAGAGUCUCGGAGAUGCCCUUGCUAGGGCACAUUAGGAACUCGGGGAUAAUUAGGCUUAAUUACAUAUACAUCUGAAAAAUGUAGUAUAUACAACAUGCCACUCAUUUCCUAUACUAUUUGACAGGGUAAAUAAAUAAUGGCAUUAAUUGUAACGUAUGAUAAAAGCUAACAUUAUAUUAAAAAUUAUGUAAUUACUUGAUAGUUAUAUAGUACAGCAAAGAUAAAGUUGGCAUGUUUUGUAAUCUAUUGUAAAGUCAGGCAAAUUAUUGUAAAGGCUGUCAUGUGUUAUGUUUGGGUUAAUGGGAUCCAAUAGUGCCAGGAAAACAAACCCGUUGCCCUGGCAUUAUAGGCUCCUGGAGUGCCCCCCUCCAGCGGGGCUGAAGGGGUUUUAGACUUACCUGAGUCACAUCGGCGCUGGGUCAGGCUCCACCCACGCUCCUCCCCCGCCAACGUCUGCCGGCAGGGGAGACCUAAAGCGCAUGCACGGCAAUGGACUCGUGCACAUUAGACCUCCCCAUAGGAAUGCAUUAUUCAAUGCUUUCCUAUGGGGAAAAUCUGAUCCUGGAGGUCCGUGAGUUCCUCCAGCAUCAAAUAAUGGACCAAAAGUUUGUUUGGAUUCCGGAAGCCCUCUAGUGGCUGUCUGUCAGACAACCACUGGGAGCAGACUUAGAGCUGCAAUGUAAACAUUGCAAUUUCUCUGGAACUGCAGUGUUUUACAUUGCAGCACUAUUUGCAAAAGGGUCACAUCACCCAGACUACUUCAAUUAGCUGGAGUGGUCUGGGUGCCUACAGUGUCCCUUUAAGACUGGCAUGGGUUAUGCAUUAGGUUUAAGAUUGCUCAUAACUUUGUCAACUGAUUCCUCUUUUCCCUCGUUCACUAAAUACUGGGAAUGUGAUUUACAAAUCUCCAUGGACAAGGUUCAGUGGGGUAAAAUGUUCUUACUCACACACAAGUUAUCCAUUAAUACUCAAUAUCACGAGAAAGGAUACAAACUGAUCACACACUGGUACCCAUGAGACUUUAUUUCAUAUUUAUUCUGCUGCUGAUGUGGGGUGUUGGAUAUGUGAACUGGACAUCCUUGUUCAUUUUUGGUUCAGUUGCCUUCCGAUAAGACUUUUCUGGCAGUAGAUCCAUAAGGUGGGAUGGGACCAUACCUAUCGCAUCUCACAAAACUUCCCAUCCAAACCUAUCAUAAAACAGUUAACCAACACUUCACUGCAAGCAGCCUUAUUCCCAAGUUCUGGAAGCUGAGAGUUGUGUCCAUGUUCCGAGCCUGGACUUUUAGGGUAGAAGAGAUAUAUUCCUAUCAACAAAUAAUUCUUCUGGCUUUAUUAGCAACUCUUCAACAAAUGCUGAAGAGCGGAAAAGUUGAAGACUGGCAUGGUUGGUAAGCAUGAGUAGGUUUGGCAUGUAGUAAAAGGGAAGGUUAAGAUUAUCAUGUCUUUUAAGCUAGGGUUGAGGUUGGCAUUUAUUACAAGUUAGGGUUAGGUCAGUGAUGGGACAUGAGCUAGGGUAAAAGAUAGCCCAUAUUGUAACCUAGAGUUUAUUAAGGCUUUGCAAGCCAAUUUGGAGAGAGGCAAUGCUAAGGGACAGUUACUUAUCUUAUCCAAACAUGAUCUCUUCGUCCACAGUGAUCCCAAUGGACCUGGUUUGGUAAAAUGGCCGCUAUUCAGUGAAGAUGAAGAUUAUCUGGAAAUUAAUGUGGAACAGAAACCAAAUAGGCAACUGAAGCAAGAAAGUCUAGAUUUCUGGACGAAAACCAUGCCGGAAAAAAUCCGCAAUGUGCCACAGGAAAAUAAAGAUCAUGUGGAGUUAUAG